UUUCUAAUAAAAUUAAGGAAGUCUUGUUAGAUGAACCCAAAUACCUAUAAUUCGCCAUUUUCUGAGCGUUGGUGUCGUAACAGUCCACUUCUAAAUAUCUUCUCUGAACAAACAAAGAUUUCUACUUGGCGUCAAUUAUGGAUUUGGUUAGCUGAAACACAACAAGAACUUGGAUUGGCAUACAUAACAAAUGAAAAGAUUGAUGAAUUAAAAGCACAACAAAACAAUAUUGAUUGGGAUUUUGCCCGUAAAAAAGAAUCAGAGUUAAAGCAUGAUGUUAUGGCACAUAUACACACUUAUAGUAAAUGUUGUCCAAAUGCUGCUGGAAUAAUUCAUUUGGGGGCAACUUCAUGUUUUGUACAAGAUAACGCUGAUUUAAUUGCUCAAUGCAAAGCUUUUGAUUAUAUUAUUGGAAGGUUGGCUAUUUGUUUAGACCGGCUGGCCGAAUUUGCACUUAAAUAUGCUGCAACACCAACAGUCGGUCGAACACAUUUACAACAUGCCUCGUUUACUACAAUUGGAAAAAGGGCUUCUCUAUGGAUUGAUGGGCUUUUAAAUGUUUUCCUAAGAGCAAAAGAAUUUCGUUCUCGCAUUCGUUUUCGAGGUGUGAAAGGCGCUGUUGGGACACAAGAUGCCCUCCUACAGCUUUUUGGUGGCGACUCUUCUAAAGUAGUUAAACUUGACUCUACCUUAGCCAAAAAGGCUGGAUUUGAUAAAAAUUUUGAAAUAUGUGGUCAAACAUAUCCACGUUGGCAGGACUCUGAACUUGUUUUUGUCCUUGCUACACUCGGGUCUGCUGCUCAUAAAAUUGCCCUAGAUAUUCGAUUUCUUCAAUCAGAAGGAGAAAUAUGUGAACCAUUUGAUCAAGAUCAAGUAGGGAGUUCUGCUAUGCCUUACAAGAAAAAUCCUAUCCGUUCCGAACGAAUUUGUGGAAUAGCCCGCUAUUUAAUGAAUUUGACUUUGAACCCUUUGGAGACUUAUGCCAACCAAGGAUUUGAGCGAACAUUGGAUGACUCGGCUAAUAGAAGAUUAAUUAUUCCUGACGCCUUUCUUUCAGCGGAUUCUAUUCUCUCCACAUUACAAGUUUUUAAAAAUUAA